AUGCAACAAAACUUACUAAUCGAUUCUGGUCUUAGUUCUGUGGACGGAGAUCACGAACUUUUGAAGGCUCUAGGAUUAAUAAAUGAUGAAGAAGUAGAGGUAAUUGAUGGACAAUUAUUGGGACCCAAGCAAAAUGUAUACCAGAUGGGAUUAUUUAACUCAUUUUGGGGAAGAUGCUUAGAAAAUGUUUAUCAAGCCCGAUUGACUCACCAUCAAAAUAUUAUACUUAGGGAAUUCACCAGACGUCUUUCAAAUUUAUCUGAGCAAGAAAAAAAUGGCUUAUUUGACACAUUCUCUAGAUCUAAUGCAUUUGGACUGAUGGAAUACAAUGGUCUUUUGGAUGCAUUAGCCGAUCCUUGA